AUGUUCACGCCCAAGCCCGCGCCCGCAGUACAACCCGUGUACGUGCAGCAGGCGCCUGUGGCCAUGGCCCCCAUUUACGCCAGCGGCCGCGCGCUGCCGGCCGCACAGCCGUACCUCAUCGUGCCGAAGUACAAGUGGUACGACUUCCCCCUUAUCAAGAGCGUGCUGUCCCUUGGCAUCACCACAGUCAAGACCCCUGACCCGCCGUACGUCGCACCCCAGUACAAGCCCGAUGACAAGAAGGCCUUUUUCUCAAACAUAGUCGGCAACGCCCUCAACAGCGGCGGCUUCGAGGCCGGCCCCGCUCCUGGCAGCGGCGGCGGCGGCCCCGUGCCGGCGGGCGGCGCGGCGAUGCAGUACGGCGGCGUUCAGCAGAUGGGGACGAGCGGCCCCGUCGCUGCCGUGCCGUUUGGGCUGACACAGGCGCAGCCGACUGCAGUGGCGGCGCCCAAGCAGAACAUGGUGGUCGUCAGCUCCCAGCCGCAGCAGCAGAUGCUCAUGCAGCCUGGCGCUGCGUAUGUGCAGGCGCAGCAGGCGUAUCAAGGGGCCCCCGGGUCGCACACGCAGCCGCAGCAGCUGUACGGCCAAGCGCUUGGCGGGCAGCAGCAGGCAAACCCUUACCCGGCAGCGCAGCAGCACACGUUCCAGGCGCCUUCGCAGCCGAUUGCCAACCAGGCGGCGUUUGCGACGGGCAGCAUCGCUCCCAUGUACGGCUGA